GAAUCAAACUUUCUAGAAGUACCCCCUAUGUCAGAAUCUGAAGCCAGCAUCGUUUUUGAUAUAUGGAUGAAUACCAAAGCACGACGCCAAGUUGGUAGUGAUCAAAUAAAUGCGAUUAUGCGUACUUUCUCCAAAUGUCCUAAACCACUUUUUCUCAAGUUAAUUUACGAAAGAUCAUGUAAAUGGCAUUCAUAUUCUAAAGGUGACGUAACAUUUUUAGCCUCAACCUUAGAAGAAAUUGUUGAACAACAUUUCGAAACUUUAGAACAAAAACAUGGAAAAGUUUUAGUUAGCUCUGCUUACGGAUAUAUUACAGCCUCACGCUAUGGUUUAACAGAGUCUGAAAUAGAAGAUCUCUUAUCAUCAGAUAACGACGUUAUUACCGCUAUCUAUGAUAAAAAUGUCCCGACAGUUGCACGUAUUCCACCGAUCACAUGGAUCCGAUUACGAGCUGAUGCUGGUAGCUACUUAAGCUUGUAUACCGCCAAUCGAUGUCGUGUACUCAAAUGGUUUCAUCGAUUUAUUGAUGAAUGCGCCGCAAGGCGAUAUCUAUCUUCAGAACAACAACGUAAAAAUAAUUACACUGCCCUAAGUGACUAUUUUCGCGGUACUUGGAGUAAUAAUCGGAAAAAGCCUUGUAAGAAUACAAGUGUGGACAGGUUAUUACCUCCUCAACCACUAAUAUAUAGCACCAAGGAAGGAAAUAGGCCAAUAUACAAUUUCCGUAAAUUGGCUGAACUACCUUAUCACUUACUUCGUGCAGGUAACAACUAUCGUAAAAAUGUACCAUAA